AGGCGCGCGGAGUCCGAGCCGGUAGCCCGCGCCCUGGGGCCGGCGGCCGGCGGCGAUGAAGAUCUGGAGCUCGGAGCACGUGUUCGGCCACCCAUGGGACACCGUCAUCAAAGCUGCCAUGAGGAAGUACCCGAAUCCGAUGAACCCCUGUGUCGUGGGAGUUGACGUGCUAGAGCGCAGUGUGGACGGCCGGGGCCGGCUACACAGCCAUCGCCUCCUCAGCACCGAGUGGGGACUGCCCGGCUUCGUGAAAGCGAUUUUGGGGACCAGUAGGACUUUGACAUACAUCAAAGAACAUUCUGUUGUGGAUCCAGUAGAGAAGAAAAUGGAACUUUGUUCCACCAAUAUCACACUCACAAACCUGGUGUCAGUGAACGAGAGGCUGGUGUACACGCCCCAUCCGGAGGACCCGGAAAUGACGGUGCUCACACAAGAAGCCAUCAUCACCGUGAAGGGGAUCAGCUUGGGCAGCUAUCUGGAAAGUCUGAUGGCCAAUACCAUAUCAUCCAAUGCGAAGAAGGUUCCCCCAGCCCUCCAAGGGGCCUCAUUUCCUGGAUGCCCUCUCUGGCAGGAGCUUUGGAAGAGAAGCGCGGGUCGCGAGGCCUUGGAGUGGGUGAUCGGCCGACUUAACACGGAGUUGGAGGGCCUGGCAGCCCCCGCCUGCGCCAGAGCGUGAAGCCCCAGCGGCGCCCAGGACCGGAGAAGCAGGCCCAGCAGCAGGUGCAAGGCGAUCACCACCCCCCCCACCGCCACGCACCCCACCCUCUCCUCCCAGCAGGGGUCUGCGCGCUCGCUCCCCACCUGAUCUGUCGGAGGGAGCCUCCGUGAUUAGUGCAUGCCUAGAGACAUUUAGAAAAGGGACUCUGGCAAAGGAAGCAAAUUUGCCACAUCUUGGCCUAUAGCUUACCUUCACCUUCAUCUUCACUUUUUUUUUUCGGAUGGAAAGUUUUGUUUAAUAAACAAAAAAUUAAAUCUCUAAUAUCCUUUCCCCAGAAGCCAGAAUAUCAGAGUGUGAAAGGGAAUGGCUUUCUUCCAGCGUUCACAUAGAAGUUUCUCGGGGGCUAUGAUCCUGAGUUUGUGGCGAUCACAAACGCAGGAGAGUCCAGUCCCCCGUGUGCGCCCCCCACCGCGCGCGGGCUGCGGUUUGCUGACAUUCCGCAGCUGGAACGCUGUUCUGCGUGCGCGCUGACUCUACUGACCAGACUUUAUCUUCUGCUGACCACAGACCUUAGAUUUAAUUUAAGAUAUGGUUUUUUAAUUAUAAGCAUAACAUAAAGCAUCUCUGUUUCCUUUUAGUUUCUGAACAUGAAAUAGGGUACUUUUUUCCUUAUUGAUGUUUUAACUAAACCAACCGGUUUCGUUUUUAGAAGAGAAAGGACUAUGGGGAGAAACGGGUUAUUUCGAUGAUGUCAUAUUAUUCCCUUAUUUUAUUGCCCAAGCAUAGAAAUAAAUCCAGAAUCCUGCUACCUUUCCUCCGUUUCCAGUGGUAUAACCAUCCCUGUUACUGUGGCCCUUGAGUUCGGUAGGAAUAAAUUUGAACACACUAGUUACUGUGUCUACUCUUCA